CGCGUUGUGCAGCGCGUGAGUAUUUUCUCCUCAGCGUCUAAGCUUUAACAGCUCCAUGAAGAUCUCCAUGGUGUGGAGGUGAAGAUUGGAGUGAAGAUCUCAUGUGUCCUGCACUGAGCCCUGACUCUGACUCAACACCACUGAACACCUUCGGGAUGAACUGGAACUGGAGUCUCAUCAACAUCCCAACAUCAGAGAAAUCGGAGAGAAAGAGAGAUGAAGGAAGGAGGUAUAGAAUCGAGGGAUGUUGGAGUUCCAGAAAAGGAUAGAAAGAAAAAGAAGACGAAGAUAGCAAAAGAAGACAAAGAGAGCCAGGGAGGUAUAGAAACUAGGGAUGAAGGAGUUCUGGGGAAAAAGGGAAAGAAAAAGUUAAAGAAGGAGGAAAGAGAGGAAGAGCUGGAGGAGGAUGAAGCUGAGGAGUGUCUGAGGGAUGAGAGCGUUAAUGUGAAGCAGAAGAAGAAGAAAAAGAACAAAAAGAUGGAGGGGGAAGAUGGAGCAGGUGAGAAAAAGAAGAAGCAGAAAGUAAAAGAGGACGAAGGAGACGAGGAGACGGAGGACGUUUGCGAAGAGAAAGAGUCCAAAAAGAAGAAAUCGGAGAGGAACUCGGAGGAGAGCAGCUCAGGUAGCGUCAGAGAAGAAACGGUAGAGAAAUCAGAGAAGAGGAAAAGAAAGAAGGAGAAGAGAGAAAGCGGAGAAGGAGACGAGACCAUGGAAACCGAGCUGAACAGGGAGACGGAGAGAAAGAAGAAAAAGAAGACGAGUGGAGCGAGUGAUGAACGAGAGUUGAACGCAGCACCGGGAGAAGAGCAGGAGGAGGAUGAGGAUGGAGGAGAAAAGACGAGGAAGAAAAAGAAGAAGCGAAAGGGAAAAGGAGACGAUGAAAUGGAGGAGGAGAGAGAGACGGAGGAAGACGUGCAGACUUCUGCUUUAGAGAAGGAUCAAGAACCACAAUCCAAUUCUAGUUUCGGUCAGUGGGACACGGCGCAGUUCGACAGCUCGGAGCGGCAGCUAAAGUUCCUUCGGCUGAUGGGGGGGUUAAAGAAAGGUGGCCAGGCGGCGGGGCAGAGCGGCGGACGCUUCAACAUGGCUUUAGGGACCGAGGGCCAACAGAACCUGCAGCAAGGCCUUCUGGGAGAAUUCGAGCGGGCACAGAACCGGAGGAUGGACUUUCAGAACCGAGGGGCGGGGCUCGGGUUCUCCGCGUCGUCCGAUAAAAAGUUUCAUAUCGACGUCAACGCUCGGAGUGAGAACUCCACACGCUUCGACGAGUGACACUGUGUGUGUGUGUGUGUGUGAGAGAGAGAGACUGAACUGUAACGUUAUACAUGAGAAACAAAUGUUUUCUUUUUCCAGUGGAGAUAAAAGCAUGUAGAUUUAA